AUGACAUCGCAAAUACCCAUGAUCUCGGUGCCGCUCAAGCAGACGAAUGAAAUCGACUGGGUCCAGCCACUCAAGGGCUACAUACGCCAGACCUACGGCGACGAUCCGGAGCGCUACAAUGAGGAGUGCAAUACUCUGAACCGCUUACGGCAGGAUAUGAGGGGCGCGGGCAAAGACAGUGCGGCAGGGAGGGAUCUGCUGUAUAGAUACUAUGGCCAGCUCGAGCUGCUGGACUUGAGAUUCCCCGUGGAUGAAAAUCACAUUAAGAUUAGCUUCACUUGGUUCGAUGCUUUCACACACAAGCCGACUUCGCAGUAUUCCCUCGCUUACGAGAAAGCGUCCAUCAUCUUCAACAUCUCCGCCGUACUAUCCUGCCACGCUGCACAUCAAAAUCGCCAUGAAGAUGUAGGGCUCAAGACUUCGUAUCAUUCAUUCCAGGCCUCUGCAGGCAUGUUUACCUACAUCAACGAGAACUUCCUGCACGCGCCAUCGACCGACUUGAGCAGAGAAACUGUUAAGACGUUGAUUGCGAUCAUGCUUGCACAGGCGCAAGAGGUCUUCUUGGAAAAGCAAAUUGCGGAUGGCAAAAAGGUUGGCCUAUUGGCGAAACUGGCGAGCCAAGCCGCCUUUUUGUAUACACAGGCUUCGGAAGGCGCGCAGGAGAAUGUCACAAGUGCUGUUUUUGAGAAGGUUUGGCUGUUGGUUUGCCAGAUCAAAGCACACUACAUGGCCUCGGUGGCGCAAUACUAUCAAGCGCUGGCUGAUGAUGACGCCAAUUCGCAUGGCGUGGCUAUCUGCAGACUACAAGUCGCCGAAGCUCAUGCGAAAGAUGCGAAUCGAGCCGCCAAUAGUUUCCCAAACAACACACCCACAAACUCCAAUCUGACCCCGGAGACAGGAGGCAUUCUGGCCGAGAUGACGAAGAAACACUUGGCCAAUGUCCAAGAGAAGGUGGCCGAGUUUUCCAAGGAUAACGACUUCAUAUACCACCAGGGCAUUCCGAAUGAAGCCUCAUUGACCCCUGUACCAAAGCUGCCAGCUGCGAAGGCGAUCCCGGUGAGCGAGCUAUAUCAAGGACAGGAUAUUCAAAGAAUCAUUGGUCCAGAUAUCUUCCAGAAGAUUGUGCCUCUAGCUGUGACCGAAUCAGCGAGUCUGUAUGACGAAGAAAAGGCAAAACUGAUAAGAGCCGAGAGCGAGCGUGUCGAGAUUGCUAAUGACGAAAUGGCUGCAAGCUUGGAUUACCUCAAGUUGCCAGAUAGCCUCAACGUAUUGAGAGGAGGCAUGGAUCAGGACAACAUGGUCGACGAUGAAUUCCGACGAUGGUGUGACGCGUUGGCCGGACAUCAGCAUUUCCCCACAGCGUUUGAACAGCUGAACAAGAGCAAGUCGGAGAUAAUCAGUUCACUCGAAUCCAGUAUGAAGCAGUUGGACAUGGAAGAAAGCGUAUGUGAGAAGAUGAGGUCAAAGUACGGGGCAGAAUGGACGCAGCAGCCCAGUUCUCGUCUGACCUCGACACUACGGAGCGAUAUCAGAAAUUACCGGGGAGCUGUCGACGAAGCGAGUCAUAGUGACGCACAGUUAUAUAACACCUUUCAGCAAUGUGAGGCGGACUUUGACGAGAUGCGCUCAGCGGGAGAGACAGAUGAGGCGGAUGUGCUGUACUCGAGAGCCAUGGUCAAGGCGGGCGCAAGCAAAGGCAAAAGUCCAAAGCCAGCAGAGGGCAACCUGAUUGAUGACGACAUUGAUGAAGGGCCUACGGUGGCGGACCAAAUCGCUGCCGUCGAAGAUAUCCUGCGGAAGUUGAACCUUGUCAAGAAGGAGAGGACGCAGAUUUUGAAAGAUCUGAAAGAUAAGGUUCACUCUGACGACAUCUCAAAUGUUCUCAUUUUGAACAAGAAAGCCAUCGCGAAUCAAGAAGCACAACUCUUCAAGGCGGAGCUUGAGAAAUUCCGACCUCACCAGAAUCGCAUAUCACAGGCCAAUCACAAGCAGACAUCACUUCUCAAAGAGCUUACGAACACCUACUCGCACCUUCUCAAAGAUAAACGCGUGCGAUCUGAACAGAGUAAAUACGAAGCAUUCUCGAGGCAAAGAAACGCGGUUAUGAGCAAAUAUAGAAGAGUGUACCAAAGCUACAUGGAUCUCGAGCAGGGGCUGGACCGUGCGAGGAGCUUCUAUAACGAGAUGAGAGAUACGGCAUCAAGUUUACAAAAGAACGUAGAAACCUUUGUCAACAACCGACGCUCAGAAGGCGGGCAGCUCCUCUCGAAGAUCGAGCAGAGCAAGUCUCAAGGCAGCGCCGAUCACGAACAACAGCGGAUGAAGGAGCUCAUGGAGCGCAUGUCCAUUGAUCCUUCUGGCUCACCCGUCUCCGGGGGCAGCGGUGGCGGCCGCAAAAAGAGCAUACCAACACCUCUCUCCUCGACACCAGGGUAUGGUUCAUCCUCCAACACCAGCCAUCCAGCAUACAACCCCGCUGCCUCACCGCCCGUCACACCGCGAUACCCAAUCACAACAGCUCCAGGUCAACAAAGCUACAUGUCGCCCGGACAAUCCUACGGCGGAGUCUCGGCAUCCAACAACAACUACAACCAAGCCCCACCCCGCCGCGAAAGCUACAACCAAUAUUCCCACCAACAACACUCACAAUCAGCAGCAUACAACCCCUCUCUCCAAAACCAAUAUCAUCCCGUUUCCCCACCUCCCCAUCAGCAAUUCUUCAGUCCCCCACCUGCACAGCAUCAACAGCAUCAACCGUGGGGUCAACCGCCCACACAGCAACAACCGCACCAACAACAGCAACAUCAACAACAGGGCUGGAGUAGCACGCCCCAACCUGGUCUACCACAAGGUUAUGUCCCCCCUCCACCCCCGCCAGGACCGCCGCCGAGUCAGAACAUGGAGUUUGGCCAUUUUAGCGCGGGCGGAUAUCCCAAUGGGCCCGGGGGUUAUGCGGGGCCACCGCGUGGACAGCAGGGAGGACAAGGAAGUGGGAAUGAUCCCUGGGCAGGGUUGAGUGGGUGGAAGUAA